AUGGAGGUCCGCCACCACGGGAGCCGCUCCUCCCCGCCGGCCAUGGAGGUCCGCUGCCGCGGGAGCCGCUCCUCCCCGCCGGCCAUUGAGGUUAUCUUAUCGACUACGCACUGGCUCCGUAAGUGGGCUAUCCUUCAACAGCCUAUUUCACAGGACGUGCUUGUGCUUGGUGCAGCCGCCAACUGCAAGGUACAGCUGCAGAAGCUGCCAGCCAUCUUCGUGUUCGGCGACGGCAUGCUCGAUGUCGGCAACAAUAACUACUUGAAUUCUACAGAGGAGUUUGGGGAACCUCUUCGGGCCAACAACUCUUACUAUGGCAUCGACUUCCCCAAGUCUGAGGCCACCGGAAGGUUCAGCAAUGGAUACAAUAUCGCUGACUUCAUCGCAAAGACUCUUGGACUCGGGAUCAGUCCUGCAGCUUACCUUUCAUUGCCGGUGCCAAUCAGCAUGGUGGAUUUUACUGGAGUGAACUAUGCUUCAGAAGGGGCCAGAAUUUGGGACAAUUUUUAUGCGGAUGACAGCACUCAGGUGACUAUACCAUUGCUGGAGCAAGUGGACAAAUUUGUGGCCACGAAAGCUCAGAUGGAGCCCAAGCUGGGCGGCAGUGAGCUGAAGAAGUUGCUAUCCAACUCCAUCUUCCUGCUCAGCUUCGGCACAACGGACCUCUUCCACGUAUGGUACUUGCAGAACCUCAUGGCCAAGAACGACCAGACCAAUGUCCAGUACCUCCUCUCCUCCUACGGCGUCGGCAUCAAGGCCCUCUUCGACGCGGGCACGAGGAAGUUUGCAGUCAUCAACGUCCCACCCAUCGGGUGCACGCCGGUAGGUCAGAUACCGUGGGGUCGCCGUGGGUAUGUCAGUGGAAGGUGUGACGAGAGCAAGAACAAGCUCGCCAUGGAGUUCAACAACGGGCUCGGGCGCCUCCUGGCAACCUUCAGCUCCGAGCUCCAUGGCUUCCGGUACUCGGUUGCCGACCUCUACGGCUUCGCAAACGCUACCUUUGCGAACCCAUCAGCUGCUGGAUUUGUGAACACCAACACCCAAUGCUGCCCAAACCCCUGCAUGCCCGGUUUUGGCGGGCCAUUUGAGAACCGUUCGCAGUACUGGUUCUGGGACUACUCGUACCCGACGGAGAAGGCCGCCAAGCUAGCCGCUGCUGCAUUUUACGAUGGCCCGGCACGGUUCACCGUGCCCAUCAGCUUCAAGAAGUUGGUCCAGACGCCAGAGAAAAUGACGCCCGUUUUGCUUUCAUCAUGCCAUGUCCGGUAG